AUGGACUUCCUUAAACGUGAUUUCCCUGAGUAUCCUUGGAGCAUGAGAACUCUUGACAGGCAACUUCGUUACUCUGACAUUUUCUACAAGGACCAGAGUGUUGAAGUCGACAUCGUAAAGGCAGCAGUGGAAAAUGAACUGAAAGGUCGUUGUAAGCUUUUAGGUUACUGAGCUAUGCACAGAAAAAUCUGCCAAGAGUAUGGCGUAAAUGUAACAAGAGACCAAGUGUGCAAUGUCAUGUCUGACUUAGACCCGGAGGGUCUUGAAGCACAUGGCAGCAUUGGAGCAAAGAAAAAAGGAAAGAAGGGAACUUUUAAUACAAGGGGAUCCAACUGGGUUCACUCGUUAGACAGCGACGACGGACUCAUGGGAUAG